CCUACCGUGAGCCUGGACCUGUGUGCCCUCUGCUUGUUGGGUGAGAGCCUGGGAGCAGCCGGGGUUCUUUGCAUUCACAGCCCCGAAACCCAAGUGGUAUCCCACGUGCAACAUAGCAUUGCAGAUGCCAGGCACAGCAAGGCAUGACCGAGAGAUGGCAAUCCAGGCCAAAAGGAGUCUGUCCAAAACCACUGACCCUGUAGAAAGACUUCGACUGAAGUGCUUAGCAAGAGGGUCUGCGGGCAUCAAAGGACUUGGCAAAGUAUUUCAGAUUAUGGAUGAUGACAACAGCAGGACCCUUGAUUUCAAAGAAUUUGUGAAAGGUUUAAAUGAUUAUGCUAUGAUGAUAGACAAGGAAGAAGCACAAGAGAUUUUCCAGAUAUUUGAUAAAGAUGGAAGCGGAACAAUUGAUUUUGAUGAAUUUCUUGUUACACUGAGACCUCCAAUGUCAAAUGCCAGAAAAGAGAUCAUCAUGCAGGCAUUUAGGAAGUUAGAUAAAACUGGAGAUGGUGUCAUCACAAUUGAAGACUUACGGGGAGUAUAUAAUGCAAAGCACCAUCCCAAAUACCAAAACGGAGACUGGACAGAAGAUCAAGUUUUUAGGGCCUUUCUGGAUAAUUUUGAUUCACCUUAUGACAAAGAUGGGAAGGUCACAACAGAAGAAUUCAUGAACUACUAUGCAGGAGUCAGCGCCUCAAUAGACACCGAUGUCUAUUUUAUCAUCAUGAUGAAGAAUGCUUGGAAACUCUGAUUGUAUGAUUAAAUGAACGAGACUUUAUUUCCAUAUUUUGUUACAAAAGAUGAAGAGCUACUCCUCUGGAGUGAGUGCCUCCGUGGACAGCAGUGCCUACUUUGUUUUAACAAUGGAAACUGACUUUUUAUUCCAUUUGCCUCAACCUAUUGGGAAGCGGAGACUAUAAAGAAGUGAAACACU